GAGGCGGAGCCGAGUCGGGGAAUCCUGCUCCCGGCGAGCGCAGGGCCCAGCAGAGCCGCCUGGCCGUCCGAGGGCUCCCGCGUCGGAGGCGGCGGGGAACCCCAGACACCGCCGGGCCGGGAGGGAGCCACGCGCCAAGCGAGCCGCCGCCACCGCCUCCGCGCCGCCCCCGUGGGCUGAGGGGGGCCCGACGCGUCUUCACUCCGCCCGCCGCCAGUCCCCGCGGUCCCGCCGUCCGCUCGCCGGCUCGUCUCCCGCGCGCCAUGCAGCCACCGCCUGCCCUGCGCGCGUAGGCGCCCGCCACAGGCCAUGCUGCCCCUGCUCGCCGCGCUGCUGGCCGCCGCCUGCCCGCUGCCGCCCGCCCGCGGCGGGGCCGCGGACGCGCCGGGCCUCCUCGGGGCGCCCCUCAACGCCUCGGUCAACGCGUCGUCUGCGGACGAGCCUGCCGCCCCGCGGCUGCUGGCCUCGGCUGCGCCCGGGGCCCCCGAGCGCCCCGGCCCGGAGGAGGAGGCGGCGGCGGCGCCGUGCAACAUCAGCGUGCAGCGACAGAUGCUGAGCUCGCUGCUUGUGCGUUGGGGCCGCCCGCGGGGCUUCCAGUGCGACCUGCUCCUCUUCUCCACCAACGCGCAUGGCCGCGCCUUCUUCGCCGCCGCCUUCCACCGAGUCGGGCCGCCGCUACUUAUCGAGCACCUAGGGCUGGCGGCGGGCGGCGCGCAGCAGGACCUGCGCCUCUGCGUGGGCUGCGGCUGGGUGCGCGGCCGCCGCCCCGGCCGCCUCCGGCCCGCCGGCGCCACCGCCGGGACGCCCACCGCGCUGCCCGCCUACCCCGCGGCCGAGCCCCCCGGGCCGCUGUGGCUGCAGGGAGAGCCGCUGCAUUUCUGCUGCCUGGACUUCAGCCUGGAGGAGCUGCAGGGCGAGCCGGGCUGGCGGCUGAACCGCAAGCCCAUCGAGUCCACGCUGGUGGCCUGCUUCAUGACCCUGGUCAUCGUCGUGUGGAGCGUGGCCGCCCUCAUCUGGCCGGUGCCCAUCAUCGCCGGCUUCCUGCCCAACGGCAUGGAGCAGCGCCGGACCACCGCCAGCGCCGCCGCCGCCGCCCCCGCCGCCGUACCCGCUGGGACCACCGCCGCCGCCGCCGCAGCCGCCGCCGCCGCAGCAGCAGCCGCGGCCGUCACCUCGGGGGCGGCGACCAAGUGACCCGCCCCACUCCUCCCCUUGUCCUCCCUAUGUCCGCGCUCUCGGUGCCUUUCCCGCCGGGAGACUCGGCCGGUGUGCUUCGUGCAGUAGUGACCGUUAGUUCUUCCGGGGAGGGGUCCGCGGAAGAGGCCCCAGCGUGUGGGAAAAGCCAGGUUUGUGCCGCGCUUCUGGCUCCGAAAAGCAGAUGCAAGCCCUUGCCCUGCAGGGUGAGAUCCGCAGCUUGGAAGACGGAGAGGAGGGAAAUGGGGCCCUUUCCCCUCUUUGCGUCCCCCUGCCCUCCUUCCUCCCCGCACCCACGUGCCCUAUAUCCAUGGCAGAAAAUGACCAAAUCCUGUGUAUUUGUUUUAUAUAUUUAAUAACUGUUUUAAAUGAAAGUUUUAGUAAAAAAAAUCAAAUUGCUAUUGCUGUAGUAAGGGAAGCUCUUUGUAUCUGAACAUAGUAAUUGAAGUUUGUUGUUUUUUAAUUUAUUUAAAAGGGGGAGGAGGCAUGGGAAUGAUUUAACACUGAUAUAUUGUUACCGCUGAAAAUGAACUUUAUUAACCUUUUUCCAAGUCGAUCUAUCCAGUGACGUGGCCAGAUGGGCAUUUCUUCUUGUACUUCUGUGUUUUUUUGGCUUUUAAUACAGACAUUUUCCUCCAGA